GUAAAGAAAUGUUAUGUAUGCGUGUAAACUCCGAUCGUGACGUUUCAGUACAGGGUGCCUUAACUGGACAUAAAAGAACGCUUAUCUAUGGUUCCAUAAAAAUAUUAUGGCUACUCUCUGUACCAAAAUAUCGCUUGAACAAGAUUUGGACAAAUUUCGGUCAACUUUCGAAUUUGAUACAACUAAUCUGGAUACGGACCGCGUAAGAAGCCUAAUAAACAAGCUAGAAGAUGACCAGAUACAUACAACGAAAUCUGAAGACGAAGAUAUAAAGAUUAUUAACUUUCUUUCAUAUUUGUAUUUUCUGCUGAAAGACCACAAAUAUGCACUACAGCUUGUUGAUGACUCUCUUCAGAAGGAUCCUGAUAAUAUCAUAGCCAACGCAAACAAAGCCAGAAUUCUACUGGAGAAUGGGGAAAUUUCUGAUGUCGAAGAAAUCAUAUCAAAACUUCAAGAUUUAGAGAAACGAAACGACUAUGACAAAAGAAAAUGUUAUGCCGAAGCGGAUCUUGCGUACGCGUAUGCAAGGUCGGGUCCUUGGUACCAUCAAAGGGCAGUAGAUCUGUACAGUGGCAUAGUGGAGGCAUAUCCCACAGAAUACCCAUGGCAAUUUGGACUGGGUUUGACUUUACUAAGGCAGACUCACCACUUUCAUUCACAGGCAGAUGUCGAAAACAAGAAGAUAAUGGUAGAUGCCGUUGAGAGGUUGCUAGCUGCCACGAAAUCUAAGGAUCCCAUUCUGAGUGCGAUAGCAUAUGCUGAACUUGGCAGAGCAGUGUCCACUAUUGGGAAACGAAAGUACAGCGACCUACCACCAAAUAUAAAGAAGUUAAGGGAUAAGGAUUGCUUUGAAAUGGCAUUAAAAAUAUGUCCAGAGGAGCCAGCAGUGUUACAGAUCUGUGGUCAAUAUGCGCGGUACAGAAAUGAAAAUGAUAUAUCCGAGAAACUCCUCAGGAAAUCACUUCGAAUUAAACGAACGCCUCAAGGAUACCACCAUCUUGCUCUUACAUUAAAAAGAAAGGUGGAAAUGGACGAAGAACACUCAACUGAACGAAACCGCCCAGAGGAAUCAGUAGACCAGGAUGGGUUUACUAUUGUAAAACGCAAAGAAAAAAAGAGGUCGCCACAUCCGCCUGACGAAAAGAGACGCAAACUCCGUCAAAUGAUAAAGUCCCCAUUGAAGGUUCAAAUUCACCCAGGGAACAAAUCUCUCGUGGAGGCUAUAUACUUGAUCGAUAAAGCAAUCGAGCUGGAUCCCUGUAUUUUGAAUAUACAGUACGAUAAGGGCAUUCUAUAUCGAAUGUUAGGCGAAACCGCAAAUGCGGUGAAUGUUUUCAAACAUAUUAUCUCUAAAAGAAAAAGCCCUUCCAACCAAAACCCUGAUGACCGAUGUCUAUGAACAACUUGGACUUUGUCUUCUAGAACUGAGUGAUUCGAAAGAAAUACCGCCUGAUAUAAAGACGAAAUACAAGAAAGAUGGUCAAUCUCAUCUUUCACAUGCCCUUCAACUUCAAUCAGAAAUAGUAGCAAACGAUCCGCAAUUCAAAGAGGCGUGGAACUCCUAUUCGACACUCAAAGAACUGUUGAGUGAUGAAAGUGAAGGGAAACCAAAACAAUUGGCAGUUCUACACAUGCUUAUGGGGGAUCACAGAGAUUCAAUCGCCAUUUUUAAGGAAAUAUUAUCCAAUGACAAAGAAAACAUGGAUCCCAACGACUACAAAAACAUGCUGGAAUGCUACAUGAAGGAUGAGCAGUUUGAAGAAUGCGUUACUUGGUUAACCUUAUUGGAGUGUACGACUAUGUUUGCGGGGCUUCAACCGUCUUUGAUCUUUGAUGUGUACAUCAAUGGCGCAUUUCAAGCCUACUCGACGGAUAACGUACAACUAGCGUACAGACAAUUCAGGCGAGCCUUUCAAGUGUACGGCAUGUUCGAUAAGGCCAUUGCUGACCAAAACGAGGCUGAUGAAGACGAGGAUACAAAGGAUAUACUGAUAUUACACUCUUGUUCACAAGGUUUGAAAUGCGGUUUUCCAAGUUAUCUCGGAAAGAUUAUAGAAGACUGCAUGGGAUUACGGUGUACCAUCAAUACUGACAACGUGCUCGGUAAUGCGAUCACAACAGAAGCCAUGGUUACCUUGAUGAAGAAGAUACCGUGUAUCAUUAUCAUGACCCACAACAGUGCAGACAACUAUGACCAACUCUAUGUCCACCACGCUAUCCAGUUGAGCUCCGAGAAAGAGAACCGAACUAGCGUUUUGGCAGUGUCAGAUGACAAAUGCAAUGUGCCUUAUAUUGCCAGAACAAUAUCUUUUAUCCGGACGCUUCCUCUGCUAGGGGGCGAUGCCAUCCAGACCCCUCCAACGUUAGAGGGCGCAAUGCAAACGCUCGAUCAGAAACCAGAUCAGUUAUCAGAGAUAGAGAUAGAAUGGGUGAAAGAGUUUAUUUAUCUACUGAAGGAUCAGCACCAUAAGUAACGGUUUACGUGAUAGAACGCGUCGUGACUUGUGUCAUCAAUGAACAGUUAAUCAUCAUCACUUGUUCCCCAAUGAACAGUUUCGCGCAAUCGCUUUUCUCACCAUUAAACAGUUUUGCGCCAUCGCUUGACUCGCCACAAACAGUUUUGCGUCAUCAGUUCGAUUCAUCAACGAACAGUUUCGUGUCAUUUCUUGUUUCAAAAAUAUACAGAUUCGUGUCAUCACUUGUUACACCAGUGAACAGUUCCGUGCCAUCACUUGUUACACCUAUGGACGUUUUCAUGUCGUCACUUAAAUCAAUUAACAGUGUUGCAGCAUUCCUUGUUACAACAGUGCAUAGUUCCGUGUCAUCAAUUGUUACACCAAUAACUGCCGUGCAAUUGCUUGUCUCUCCAAUAAACAUUUCGCGUCAUCACUUCUAACAGUGAACAGUUUCGCGUCAUGACUUGUCAUACCAGUGAACGUUUCGAGUCAUUAAUGAACAGUUUUGCGUUAUCGCUUGUUUCAUCAAUGAACAGUUUCGCUCCAUCACUUAUUUUCACCAAUGAACAGUUUCGCGCCAUCGUAUGUUUCAUCAAUGGACAGUUUUGCUUCAUUACUUGUUUCAACAGUGAAAAGUUUCGCGUUAUCAUUUGUUUCAACAAUAAACAGUUAGUCAUCACUACUUGUUACACAAA